GUAAACGCCAAAGAUCCAAAAUAGAAGAUCUUUUUUGAAAGUGUUAGAUCUUUGAGUCGGCCGACUCUGUAGGUUUCAGACAGCAUAUAAAGUAGUCCUCUGUGUGUUUGUUUCACUUUAGUAAUUUAGAGUUUCGCAGGAUGGAUCCUAACCAAAGUCUUGAUACUUUGGUGAAGCAACUCAAUCGAAAACCGAAAAGUGCUAGUGGUGGCCAGGGAAGCAAGCAAACUAAAGGAGCAACUGGUGGAAAGGCUGGUCCUCGCAAGGCCGGACAGAACGCUGCGGGCAACAGAGCAAACUCGGCUAAAGCUGUGAAAAGUCGGCAGGGCCAGCAACAAGUUCGCCAACAGCAGAGUCGCCAACAGCAGAGUCGCCAACAGCAGGGUCGGCAACAGCAGGGUCGGCAACAAAAGAUGGUUGGCGGUCGCCCGGUUAAGCAGCCAGUUCUUAAGCUGAAGAGAAGGCAACCAUCGGCUGGUAUACUGUCCCGUCUAGGAGAUAAUGGCUCCCCAAGUUCAGUCACGUCGCCUGUGCGCACCAAGGGUCGACCGCAAACUACAGCUAAACGACCAUCGGCUGGAGUCACCAGUAAAACUCAACUUGCUAAGCAUGUUGAGCAAGUAGUACAGCAGAGGCGCAUGAAGGAGCUUGGAAACCCACGUGUUAAGCUACAGCGGAGAAAGCUGACCAAUCAACAGGCACAGGCUGUUCAGUCCUCAUCUUCGCAGUUACGCCGCCCAGGACAAAGGCAAUCAGCUGGCAAUUCUAACCUACUCACUGUGAAAAUCAAGAACUCCAAGACAAAGGCACAGCAGUAUGCUGCUCGUCGUAGCCUGGCACGUGCCCGUGCUAAUGCAUCAGGAUCAAGUGGAAUAUUGGCGAAUGAGCCGAUUGUUGUAGACCCUCCAUCUCGCCCGCUUACCAUUCAAGUAGACAAUGAUCUGCCAGCUCAGCAACCCAGCACGAUUGUUGGUGUACGGCCGCAGCCCUCAUCGUCAAUAGAUGUUGACUUGUUUAGGGAUGCUCAUUCAGUCGCUAUUCUACAAACAAGUAUACGACAGAAUAUUAUUACCCCAGCACCUAUCCAAGGAAUGGGAGUGGAUAUUUCUCGUCCUGCCAUCGCCUCCCUGCCUGCGCCUGCUGGCACGCUGCAUGCUCGCUUUGCCGAGCUGCCACAUCCGUCUCGGGCAGCGGCUGUGAAGCCAAAGACACAAAACACAUCAUCGGCAUCAUCAGCAUCACGAGGAAGAACUAUUCUUGGAUGAGCUGAUCUGUUCUGUGUUCUUGAUCAAUCCAUUGCCCUGGGAAGCUUUUGACAGCUAGCCCAGCGCUGGCUUACCAGGCAGGCGAAGAAGCUGGAUUUUGCCUGGUACCUGUUGUUGCUAACCAUUUCUCACGGCAUUCUUUGCCUGCGUGUUUGCUCUCCUCCCGUGUAGACCAAGUUUGAAUGCAGGCGCUUUGCUAGAUGCUUGUGUCACAGCAGCUGUUCCAACUUUCAUUGAAUUGCUACAGGCGGGGCAGUCACCGGGGCUAUCAGACCUCACGUAGGUAGCUCCAUGCAACAUGAUACCAUUACGUGUGUGCCUGGUCCGGCGCUGUACGCUGUGUCAAUGCUCUGUUUAUGAACGAUCCACGCAUCCUGUUUUGGUUCAUUAGUUUGCUUUUGUCGUGUCGUGUCUUGUCGUUUCUUUUCUUUUUUUGAGUUAUUUUUUUGUGAAAGCCCAAUUUUGUGCAUAACACAUGUUGAUCUGGUCCUUGUCCCUAUGGCGAGCAUGGUGCUCUUUAUAAGCCCUUUGGAGACUACGAUAACACUGGAGUGUUUGGUGUCAUGCAUGUUGUAGCUUGUUGCAUACUUGGAGAUACUCGUGUGUAGUGUUUUGCUGAAGCCCAUGACUGCGCGUCCACAAGUCGUCCACUUCUUUCAAGCCGUGCCUUUUUUUCUCUUGUUCUUAUUAUAAUUAUAUUGAGGUGCCGGUAUGACUGGAGUCCAGUCCAGCUCAUGCAAAAUCAUUGCGGAGGAGUUACCUACUGUUUUGUGCUGUCCACACAUGUGCACACAAAGCUCUCAACACAUGCCUUGUAUCCGUGUAUAUUCAGCAUGCUGAUGCUGCCUCGUUCUAACACUAGUAAUAGUUCUGAAUGUGCCACUGCCUACUGUCACAAUCCAACCUCAACAUAUACCGUGCAUUAUGCAGCACUCGCUGUAGCAUGGUGGCCUAGUUUCUAAAA